CAACAUGCUUGUUUAAAAUGUUCUGUUUUUAAUUGUUAAAGUUCAUAUGUUAACAUUUGUAAAAAUAAAAUUAAAAAAAAUAAUCAAAUUAGUUCUUACGUCAUAUCCGGUCCGUCUCGUAAAACAUUCCGCCGUUGCGCGCCUCUCGUUUUAAGUCUCGUGUGAAUGUUUUCUGUUAGCUUUUCUUUACGUAAAUUAACAAAACCACAGUUUUGUGUUUGCUUAUGCUCACGUGUAGGUACUUUGUUGAGUUCACCACAGAGUUGUGUACUCAUAGUAAAUUGCAGUCGCAUCGUUCAACGACACAUGUCAAGCGAGCCUAAGAGAAUCCGCACUGAAAACAUGAGCGCUAAAAAGAUUGGAACACACAAUGGUACUUUUCAUUGCGACGAGGUUUUAGCCUGCUUCUUCCUCCGCCAGUUACCGGAAUAUGCGGAUGCGGAGAUUGUUCGCAGCAGGGACCCAGCUGUCUUGGCAGAAUGUGACGUUGUUGUGGACGUUGGAGGAGAAUUUGACCCUAAAAGGCAUCGCUAUGACCACCAUCAGAGGACUUUUAACGAGAGCUUCAAUAGUUUGUGCCUGGAGAAGCCGUGGGUCACCAAGCUCAGCUCGGCCGGCCUCGUCUACUUACACUUUGGCCAUCGGUUGUUGGCGCAGCUGAUGCAGUUGAAGGAGGAUGACCGGCAGGUGGAAGUGCUGUUUAACAAGCUGUAUGAAAACUUUGUCGAAGAGGUGGACGCCAUAGACAAUGGCAUCUCGCAGUUUGAUGGGAAGGCUCGUUACAACAUCUCCACCACACUGAGUUCCCGGGUGGGGCAUCUGAAUCCUCGCUGGAACAGCAAGAGUCAGGAUACAGAGGAGGGUUUCAGAAAGGCGAUGAAACUGGUUGGGGAUGAGUUCAUGGACCGCCUGGAUUUCUACAAGUCCUCCUGGCUUCCAGCCCGUGAGGUGGUGGAGGCAGCAGUCAAGGAGAGACAUCAGGUCGAUCCCAGUGGGGAGGUGGUAUUGUUCUCCCAGGGAGGGUGUCCGUGGAAGGAGCAUUUAUUUGACUUGGAGAAUGAGCUCCAGGUGGAGACAAAAAUCAAGUUCGUCCUUUACCCGGACCAGAACGGACAGUGGCGAGUCCAGUGUGUCCCUACUGAUCUCCACUCCUUUCAGAACAGGCUGUCCCUUCUGGAAGAAUGGCGCGGCGUACGGGACGACGCUCUGUCCGAGCUCAGCGGGAUUAAGGACUGCAUCUUCGUUCACGCCGGAGGCUUCAUUGGCGGGAACAAGAGCCGGGAAGGAGCCCUGGAGAUGGCCAGAAGGACCCUGCAGGCUGCCGCUCAGUGCCCGGCUAACGGAAGCGCUUGACUGGUUGCACAAGAUGGUUGAGGUUAUUUUGUUUUCCUCUGCUGGCCUGUCUAACACGGAAGAUCAAGAUUCAUCUGUUAGUUUUCUCCAUGUUGUCACUGAGUUAAUGUUGUUUUAUGCUGAAGUGAAAAUGACCGUAAUUGACAAACUGAUUUAUAAAUUCCUUUCAUUUUUGAAUAUGAGCCUCAUAAAAGUGUUUCCUAUUGGCUACCAUCCUCGGACAAGAUUCCGUUUUUCCUGCUGGGUUAAAUACACCAAUAAACCUUUUUUUCUUCCCUGCUCCUCUA